AUGGAGAAGUUGAAAGACGAUGAAAUUGAGUUAUUCUUGGACUUUGAAAUACCAAGUGACUCAGAAGUCAGCUUUUGUGAUAGUGAAGACGAUGAUAGUGAUGCUGAGAAUAAUAAAAACAUAAAUGAUGACCAGGAAGAUAAUAUUGAAAAAUUAAAUUUAUUGCCUCAAUAUAUUAACUUCUUAGGGGAUAUGGACAAUGAUAUAAGGUUUGAAAAUAAUAAUCCAUCUAAUGAGCCUGAUGGCUUUGUAAUAAUCGACGAAAAUGAUGUACAUGAUUUUGAUAGUUUUUUUAAUAACAUAAUACUCCAAACACAAACAGAUAGUAAUGUUAGCAAACAAACUAUACCAAAAUCUGAUGUUGCUACUCAAAACAAUUUAGUCUCACCCACACAAACAUCUAACCAAAUUCUAAAUCCUAUAGCCACUCAGUCACUAACAAAUAAAAAAAUAAAAACUCCAUCAACCGAUUCUAAAAAAACUACUCCUUAUUCUGUUUUUAUACAAUUAUUCACUGAAUCUCUUUUUGAAAAAAUAAGAACUGAAACAAUAAAAUAUGCUGUUCAAAAUGGAAAAGAAAAUUUCAACUUAUCUAUAAAAGAAUUGAAAGUGUUUUUUGCAAUCAACAUAGCAAUGACAUAUAUAAAAUACCCAAAUGUAAGAAUGUAUUGGUCUUCUCAAGAGGGGUUGAGAAUGAACCUUAUUGCUGAUGCUAUGACUUGUAACCGGUUUGCCGAAAUUAAAAGGUUUAUUCAUUUUGUAGACAAUUAUGAAAAACCUCAAGUAGUAACUGAUAAAUUUUGGAAAAUUAGACCUGUUUUAGACAUUUUACACAAUUCUUUUCAUUCAGCUAUAUCAACUAGUCAAAAUAUAGCCAUUGAUGAAAUGAUGGUUCCUUUUAAGGGUAGGAGUUCAUUAAAACAAUACUUAAAAUCAAAGCCUAAAAAAUGGGGAUUUAAAAUUUGGGUUCAAGCCGGAACCAAUGGAUAUGUACAUUGUUUUGAGCUAUAUCAAGGUGCCUCGAAAGACAAAAAAUCACUUUUUGGUCCAAUAGGUGAUACAGUUUUGAAAUUGUGUCAUUCAAUACAUGGUGAAAACCAUAAACUUUUUAUGGAUAACUUGUUUACUACUGGUGAUUGCAGGAAGCGGUGA